AGAAAAUGAGGUAUCUCCUCCUAAGUUGAAUGAAAUAGAUUACAAACAUGAAAGUCAUGGAGAUGGUCAAACGUAAAACGAAAAAAGGAGGCAAGUGGUGGAGGACUAAAAUUGUGAAAAUAAAAAGGAAAAAAAAAGCAGAACCAGCCAUGUGGGUGGAAAUAAUCUGUGGUCUAGUAAUCUACAGAUUGUUCCGGCGAGUCUUCUACGACGACCACCACCACGAUGUCCUCACCUCCGAUUCCAUUGCUCUUUUCUCCAUCGCCACUAGACUCGAAAAGCUUUAUGGUGGAAAAGUUCAUGUUGGGCUGCGAAUUCCAGACGCCGAUUCUCGUUCCCGACAGAACAUUGAUAUGGUCCUUGUUACCAAAGGGGAGGCGGUGGUGAUUUGUGUUCAGAAUUGUUCAGGGAUUGUAUCGAUUAAUGCUGAUGGAAGUUGGGUUUCCACUGGUGGAAAUAGCCACAAAACUGAGCAGUAUCCAGAUCCCGUGGCAGAAGCUAAACGACAAGUUUCUAUUCUUGAAUCCUACCUUGAACAAAGGGGAGCCACUCUUCCAAAAGGGUAUUUGUCUUGCAGGGUUAUAUGUCCCAACCCAAAUUUCCGUGCCAUUCAUUCAGACUAUUUUCCAUCUGAGGUUGUGACCUAUGAACAGUGGGAACAAUUGAAACCAGAGCCUAAGAGCAUGUUUUCUGGUUGGAUUAAGGAUGCAUUUCGUGGUGGAAAGAAAGAAAUGCAGGAACCAACGCAUAAGAAACUUAAUUUUAUCCUCACCACUGCUCCAACAUGGGAUAGGUUGGAGCUUAAAGGUAAUAAAUACCUCCUUGGAGAAUUUAUGGAAUUUAAAGGGAAGCAGGACGAUACUCAGUUGUUGAGAAAUGUCAAGAGAUCCAAAGUUAGUCGUUUGAUCAUCCAAAAGACAAGCAUGUUUGGUUUAGCCCAUUCUAAGCUCCAAGUUUUGUAUUCUCCUUGGGACUACCGAAAUGAAGGGGCUUCAGCUUCUGAGUGGAAGGGAGCCACUGUUAGAUCAAGUACAGAGGUGCUGUUUCAGCCUCAGAAUUCGACUAAAGUAUGCAAGUUCAAGCUAUCAUCAAUUAUUUCCAUGUCUCUGAGUGCCUGAAGAUGUUGUAUAUCAUUGUGAGAUGCAGGAGAAAAAGAUGUGGUGAUUCUACCAAGUUAAAGGCGUGGAGUGUAUUUGAGGGCACAUGGCUCUUUUCUUUUGUUAUUAUUUUGACAAGCCGAGAGUUUUACAUGUAUGGGUUUCGAUAACCAUUUUGUGUAACCAGGUAUAAGUCUUGGAACUUGUAGCCCAUGAGGGCAUUAAAUUGUAUUUGACUUGAUGUGUUACAUGCUAUAGAUUCAUAUUCUAGGAAAUGUUGAAUGUAUAAUUGUAUGUGAAAUAUUGUUGUUAAUCUCUUAAUGAAUACAAAUAUUAGAGAUUUGAUGAUGAUAUUAA